CCUCAAUCUCAAUGAUCUAAGUGUUUGCAUGCCAUGGCUCACGGUCGAAGACCGUCACAAUCCCUCAUACACUCUCCAGAAUUGGCGUCCAACUUCACAGCGACUGCUCCUCCUAGUGACGCUGAGGAUUGGUUGACGCUGUGGCAAGCCUCAUUCGCCAGAGACAUCAUUGACUCUCGUAUUGUCGCUGUAGAUGGACAGAUAAGCGUAGAAGAGGCUUGCGACAUUUUGCUCUCCGAAGACAUACCAUGUCUGGCUAUCAAGUCAAUCGAUCAUUCAGUAUCUGGUCUCUUUGAUUUUUCCGAUGUCAAUGCGUUUUUGACUCUAGCCGCCACGAAACACACAUUCUCUGCGGAAGCAUUCCAAGAGAAGCCGCGAGUAGACGACAUCUUCACUGCUGCUCGUUCUGGCCACGUUCCUGUAUCCAUUGUCAGCAAUCUUUCUGAGAAGAAUCCGCUUCACACUCUACCAUAUGAUGCCACGGUUGUUUCCCUUCUUGAAGUGUUUGCACGGGGUGCUCAUCGAGUUCUGAUCAAAUCGAACUCGUCCGAGACCAGUGAGGAAGAGUUUAUUGGCAUCGUUUCGGACCGUCGUCUUUUAACUUGGUUUUUAUCUUUUGCUCAACAAUCCGAGUCUGAAUCUCUGCGGACAUAUCUUUCCAAUCCACUGAGCUCCUUCUCCGACUCCCUACCUUCGCUUAAUCUAUUUGCAUCCGUUGUGGCCACGGUAUCGACGGAACCAGUGUUGGAAGCGAUGAAACUCAUGAGCGAAGAAGGUGUAAGUAGUAUUGCCGUGCUGGAGGAGGAAGGUGGAACAUUGCUGAGCGCUGUCAGUGUGACCGAUAUUGGGAAGAUCGUGGUCCCUUCACAGAGCAACCAAAUUCUGUCCCUAUCCAUACAACAUUUUAUAUCCCUGAUCAAGGGACCAGAUGGUUCGAUGGACGGGCAAGACCGAUAUCCAGUGUACUCUGUACUUCCGACAAGCACAAUGCUGUAUACAAUACAGAAACUCCUCGCUACUAAUGCGCACAGGGUAUUCAUAACCCAAGAUUCCACAGUAUCAUCGCCCUUGCUUUCCCCAAAGUCCUCCGGAAACCUCGCUGGGCUCGUUUCCGUCGUCGACAUCCUGUCACUCUUUGCACGCCUCGCGAAAGUCAAAGACGUCGAUCCAACGCGUAUGCAACGCCAUCGUCGAGCGUCAUCCGUCUCGUCCCAAGCUUCGUCUAAGGAGUCAGAUCGCUCUAGGUCAAGCAGUCGGACUAGUGUGCGGAGGGCGUCGAGUACGAAGACCUCUCAAAUAAUGAGUAGUAAUCAGAAGCGUAGAUCAAGUUCUUCAACGACCACAUCCACUACUGGUGCAGCUGGAGAUACAACCAGUGCGAGUAAAUUACCGUCCUAAGCAGGAUCGUAUGCUAUGGAUGUUGGUAUCCUCAGUAUUCAGGUUGUUGUGUUGGAAUUGCCUUUUUCCUGUGAAAGUAAAUAUGUUCUUCCUUAACGUACUUGACUCAAUAAUUUUUCGUUCAUCAUUGGAGCAUAUGUAUAUCAUUAUCUAAAAGUUUAUCGCCGUAGCCCACUUGGGGUGAGUUGGAUCCGUCGGUAACGUAGGACUAUGUGGUACUUAGAACGUUCAGCUUCCCAUUGCUGC